AUGUCUCUUUUCCUGUUUGGAUCAAACCAUUUUAUUCUUACCAGUAUCAAACCUGUCUUCUUCCUAUUUGGAUCAACCAAUUUUCUUCUUACCAGUAUCAAACCUGUCUCUUCCUGUUUGAAUCAACCAAUUUUCUUCUUAUCAGUAUCAAACCUGUCUCUUCUUCCUGUUUGGAUCAAGCUUCUUUUAUUCUUAGCAGUAACAAAUCUGUCUCUUCCUAUUUGCAUCUCAUUUUUCUUCUUACCAGUAUCAAACCUGGCACUUUUAUAUGAAUCAAACCUUUUCUUUUCUUACCAGUAUCAAGACUGUCUCUUCCUAUUUGGAUCAAGUUCUUGUUUUCUUCCCAGUAUCAAACCUGUCUCUUCCUAUUUGCAUCAAGUCUUUUUUAUCAGUAUCAAACCUGUCUAUUCCUAUUUGAUCAAGUCAUUUUUUCUUACCAGUAUCACACCUGUUUCUUCCUGUUUGAUCUCGAUUUAUUUUUCUUCUUCCCAGUAUCAAACCUAUUCUUCCUAUUUGAAUCAAGUCCUUUUCUUCUACCAGUAUCAAACCUGUCUCUUCCUAUUUGGAUCCGCAUUUUCUUAUUACCAGUAUCAACCGAUUUGUCUCUUCCUAUUUGAAUCAAGCUUCUUUUUUCUUUUUACCAGUAUCAAACACGUCUCUUCCUAUUUGGAUGAAGCUUCUUUUAUUCUUACCAGUAACAAACCUGACUCUCUUUCUAUUUGCAUCAAGAACUUUUCUUCUUACCAAUAUCAAACCUGUCUCUUCAUAUUUGAAUCAAGCUUCUUUUUUUCUUGUUACCAUUAUCAAACACGUCUCUUCCUAUUUGGAUCAAGCUCCUGUUUUCUUGCCAGUAUCAAACCUCCCUUUUCUUCUUACCACUAUCAAAUUUGUCUCUUCCUAUUUGAAUCAAUUCAUUUUCUUCUUACCAGUAUCAAAUUUGUCUCUUCCUAUUUGAAUCAAGCCAUUUUCUUCUUACCACCCUUUUCUUCUUACCAGUAUCAAAUUUGUCUCUUCCUAUUUGAAUCAAGCCCUUUUCUUCUUACCAGUAUCAAACCUCUCUCUUCCUAUUUGAAUCAAGCCAUUUUCUUCUCACCAGUAUCAAACCUGUCUCUUCCUAUUUGGAUCAGUUCCUUUUCUUCUUACCAGUAUCAAACCUCUCUCUUCCUAUUUGAAUCAAGCCAUUUUCUUCUUACCAGUAUUAAACCUGUCUCUUCCUAUUUGGAUCAAGUCCUUUUUCUUGUUACCAGUAUCAAACCUGUCUCUUCCUAUUUGAAUCAAACCAUUUUUUCUUCUUACCAGUAUCAAACAUGUCUCUUCGUAUUUGGAUCAAGUCGGUUUAUUCGUCUCUUUUCUUCUUACCAGAAUCAAACCUGUCUCUUCCUAUUUGGAUCAAGUUUUCUUCUUACCAGAAUCAAACCUGUCUCUUCCUAUUUGAAUCAAGCCCUUACCAGUAUCAAAUUUGUCUCUUCCUAUUUGGAUCAAGCUCCUGUUUUCUUGCCAGUAUCAAACCUGUCUCUUCCUAUUUGGAUCAAAUCCUUUUCUUCUUACCAGAAUCAAACCUCUCUAUUCCUAUUUGAAUCAAGCCCUUUUCUUCUCACCAGUAUCAAAUUUGUCUCUUCCUAUUUGAAUAAAGCCAUUUUCUUCCCACCAUUAUCAAACCUGUCUCUUGCUACUUGGAUCAAGUCCUUUUCUUCUUCCCAUAUCAAACACGUCUCUUCCUAUUUGGAUCUUCCGUCCUCCCUUCUUUUUCUUCUUACCAGUAACAAACCUGACUCUUUUCUAUUUGCAUCAAACUUUUCUUAUUUUCUUACCAAUAUCAAACCUGUCUCUUCCUAUUUGAAUCAAGCUUUUUUUUCUUCUUACCAUUAUCAAAUUUGUCCUCUAUUCCUAUUUGAAUCAAGCCCUUUUCUUCUCACCAGUAUCAAAUUUGUCUCUUCCUAUUUGAAUAAAGCUUUUUUUUCUUCCCACCAUUAUCAAACCUGUCUCUUCCUAUUUGGAUCAAGUCCUUUUCUUCUUCCCAGUACUCAAACUUCAUAUCUCUUCCUAUUUGAAUCAAGCCCUUUUCUUCUUACCAGUAUCAAAUUUGUCUCUUCCUAUUUGAAUCCGUCUUCCCUUUACUUUUACCAGUAUCAAAUUUGUCUCUUCCUAUUUGAAUCAAGCCUUUUCUUCUUACCACCCUUUUCUUCUCACCAGUAUCAAACCUGUCUCUUCCUACUUGGAUCAAGUCCUUUCUUCUUACCAGUAUCAAACCUCUCUUCCUAUUUGGAUCAAGUCCUUUUCUUCUCGAUUUACCAGUAUCAAACCUCUCUCUUCCUAUUUGGAUCAAGUCCUUUUCUUCUUACCAGUAUUAAACCUCUCUCUUCCUAUUUGAUCAAGUCCUUUUCUUCUUACCAGUAUCAAACCCUCUCUUCCUAUUUGGAUCAAGUCCUUUUUCUUGUUACUAGUAUCAAAUUUGUCUCUUCCUAUUUGAAUCUCCAUUUUUCUUCUUACCAGUAUCAAAUUUGUCUCUUCCUAUUUGAAUCAAGUCAUUUUCUUCUUACCAGUAUCAAAUUUGUCUCUUCCUAUUUGGAUCAAUCCUUUUCUUGUUACCAGUAUCAAACCUCUCUCUUCCUAUUUGAAUCAAGCCAUUUUUCUUACCAGUAUCAAACCUGUCUCUUCCUAUUUGGAUCAAGUCCUUUUCUUGUUACCAGUAUCAAACCUCUCUCUUCCUAUUUGAAUCCUUUUCUUCUUACCUGUUUAUCAAAUCAAAUGUGUUCUUCCUAUUUGAAUCUCUUCCAUUUUUCUUUUCUUACCAGUAUCAAAUUUGUCUCUUCCUAUUUGAAUCAAGCUCAUUUUCUUCUUCCCAGUAUCAAAUUUGUCUCUUCCUAUUUGGAUCAAUUCAUUUUCUUGUUACCAGUAUCAAACCCUCUCUCUUCCUAUUUGAAUCAAGCCAUUUUCUUUUUACCAUAUCAAACCUCUCUCUUCCUAUUUGAAUCAAGCCAUUUUCUUCUUACCAGUAUUAAACCUGUCUCUUCCUAUUUGAUCAAGCCCCUUUUCUUCUUACCAGAAUCAAACCUCUAUUCCUAUUUGAAUCAAGCCCUUUCUUCUCACCAGUAUCAAAUUUGUCUCUUCCUAUUUGAAAGUCCUUUUCUUCUUCAUUUUCUUCCCACCAUUAUCAAACCUGUCUCUUCCUACUUGACCAAGUCCUUUUCUUCUUACCACCCUUUUCUUCUCACCAGUAUCAAAUUUGUCUCUUCCUACUUGGAUCAAGUCCUUUUUUCUUUACCAGUAUCAAACUGUCUCUUCCUAUUUGAAUCAAGCCCUUUUCUUCUUACCAGUAUCAAACCUCUCUCUUCCUAUUUGGAUCAAGUCCUUUUCUUCUUACCAGUAUUAAACCUCUCUCUUCCUAUUUGGAUCAAGUCCUUUUCUUCUUACCAGUAUCAAACCUCUCUCUUCCUAUUUGGAUCAAGUCCUUUUCUUGUUACUAGUAUCAAAUUUGUCUCUUCCUAUUUGAAUCGUUCCAUUUUCUUCUUACCAUAUCAAACCUGUCUCUUCCUAUUUGGAUCAAGUCCUUUUCUUGUUACCAGUAUCAAAUCCUCUCUCUUCCUAUUUGAAUCAAGCCUUUUUCUUCACCAGUAUCAAAUGUGUCUCUUCCUAUUUGAAUCAAGCCAUUUUCUUCUUACCAGUAUCAAAUUUGUCUCUUCCUAUUUGAAUCUGCCAUUUUCUUCUUACCAGUAUCAAAUUUGUCUCUUCCUAUUUGGAUCAAUUCCUUUUCUUGUUACCAGUAUCAAACCUCUCUCUUCCUAUUUGAAUCAAGCCAUUUUCUUCUUACCAGUAUCAAACCUGUCUCUUCCUAUUUGGAUCAAGUCCUUUUCUUGUUACCAUAUCAAAUUUGUCUCUUCCUAUUUGAAUAAAGCCAUUUUCUUCCCACCAUUAUCAAACCUGUCUCUUCCUACUUGGAUCAAGUCCUUUUCUUCUUCCCAGUAUCAAACCUCUCUCUUCCUAUUUGAAUCAAUCUCCUUUUCUUUUCUUCUCUCACUAUCAAAUUUGUCUCUCUUCCUAUUUGAAUCAAGUCCUUUUCUUCUUCCACCCUUUUCUUCUUACCAGUAUCAAAUUUGUCUCUUCCUAUUUGAAUCAAGCCCUUUUCUUCUUACCAGUAUCAAAUUUGUCUCUUCCUAUUUGAAUCAAGCCCUUUUCUUCUUUUCAGUAUUACCAUAUCAAACACGUCUCUUCCUAUUUGAUGAAGUCUCUUCCUUUUUAUUCUUACCAGUAACAAACCUGACUCUUCCUAUUUGCAUCUCAAUUUUUCUUCUUACCAAUAUCAAACCUGUCUCUUCAUAUUUGAAUCAAUUUUUUCUUGUUACCAUUUAUCAAACACGUCUCUUCCUAUUUGGAUCAAGCUCCUGUUUUCUUGCCAGUAUCAAACCUGUCUCUUCCUAUUUGAAUCAAGCUUUUUUUCUUCUUACCACUAUCAAAUUUGUCUCUUCCUAUUUGAAUCAAGCCCUUUACUUCUUACCACCCUUUUCUUCUUACCACUAUCAAAUUUGUCUCUUCCUAUUUGAAUCAAGCCAUUUUCUUCUUACCAGUAUCAAAUUUGUCUCUUCCUAUUUGAAUCAAGCCCUUUUCUUCUUACCACCCUUUUCUUCUUACCAGUAUCAAACCUCUCUCUUCCUAUUUGAAUCAAGCCCUUUCUCUAUUUGGGGCAUUCAGUAUCAAACCUCUCUCUUCCUAUUUGAAUCAAGUCCUUUUUCUUCUUACCAGUAUCAAACCUGUCUCUUCCUAUUUGGAUCAGUUCCUUUUCUUGUUACCAGUAUCAAACCUCUCUCUUCCUAUUUGAAUCAAGCCAUUUUCUUCUUACCAGUAUUAAACCUGUCUCUUCCUAUUUGGAUCAAGUCCUUUUCUUGUUACCAGUAUCAAACCUCUCUCUUCCUAUUUGAAUCAAGCCAUUUUCUUCUUACCAGUAUCAAACAUGUCUCUUCGUAUUUGGAUCAAGUCCUUUUCUUCUUACCAGAAUCAAACCUGUCUCUUCCUAUUUGGAUCAAGUCCUUUUCUUCUUACCAGAAUCAAACCUCUCUCUUCCUAUUUGAAUCAAACUUGAAAUUUUCUUACCAUAUCAAACCUGUCUCUUCCUAUUUGGAUCAAAUCCUUUUCUUCUUACCAGAAUCAAACCUCUCAUUCCUAUUUGAAUCAAGCCCUUCUUUCUCACCAGUAUCAAAUUUCUCUUCCUAUUUGAAUCAAGCCAUUUUCUUCCCACCAUUAUCAAACCUGUCUCUUACCUAUUUGGAUCAAGUCCUUUUCUUCUUCCCAGUAUCAAACCUGUCUCUUCCUAUUUCUUAUUUUCUUAUUGCCAGUAUCAAACCUGUCUCUUCCUAUUUGAAUCAAGCUCCUUUUCUUUUACCAGUAUCAAACUCCAUUUUUUCCCAUGAUUUUCUUCCCCACCAUUAUCAAACCUGUCUCUUCCUACUCGGAUCAAGUCCUUUUCUUCUUCCCAGUACCAAACCUCUCACUUCCUAUUUGAAUCAAGCCCUUUUCUUCUUACCAUCCUUUUCUUCUUACCAGUAUCAAAUUUGUCUCUUCCUAUUUGAAUCAAGCCCUUUUCUUCUUCCAGUAUCAAAUUUUUCUUCCUAUUUGAAUAAAAACCCUUUUCUUCUUACCAGUAUCAAAUUUGUCUCUUCCUAUUUGAAUCAAGCCCUUUUCUUCUUACCACCCUUUUCUUCUCACCAGUAUCAAACCUGUCUCUUCCUACUUGGAUCAAGUCCUUUUCUUCUUACCAGUAUCAAACCUCUCUCUUCCUAUUUGGAUCAAGUCCUUUUCUUCUUACCAGUAUCAAACCUCUCUCUUCCUAUUUGGAUCAAGUCCUUUUCUUCUUACCAGUAUCAAACCUCUCUCUUCCUAUUUGGAUCAAGUCCUUUUCUUGUUACUAGUAUCAAAUUUGUCUCUUCCUAUUUGAAUCAAGCCAUUUUCUUCUUACCAUAUCAAAUUUGUCUCUUCCUAUUUGGAUCAAUUCCUUUUCUUGUUACCAGUAUCAAACCUCUCUCUUCCUAUUUGAAUCAAGCCAUUUUCUUCUUACCAGUAUCAAACCUGUCUCUUCCUAUUUGGAUCAAGUCCUUUUCUUGUUACCAGUAUCAAACCUCUCUCUUCCUAUUUGAAUCAAGCCCUUACCAGUAUCAAAUGUGUCUCUUCCUAUUUGAAUCAAGCCAUUUUCUUCUUACCAGUAUCAAAUUUGUCUCUUCCUAUUUGAAUCAAGCCAUUUUCUUCUUACCAUAUCAAACCUGUCUCUUCCUAUUUGGAUCAAGUCCUUUUCUUGUUACCAGUAUCAAACCUCUCUCUUCCUAUUUGAAUCAAGCCAUUUUCUUCUUACCAGUAUUAAACCUGUCUCUUCCUAUUUGGAUCAAAUCCUUUUCUUCUUACCAGAAUCAAACCUCUAUAUUCCUAUUUGAAUCAAGCCCUUUUCUUCUCACCAGUAUCAAAUUUGUCUCUUCCUAUUUGAAUAAAGCCAUUUUCUUCCCACCAUUAUCAAACCUGUCUCUUCCUACUUGGACCAAGUCCUUUUCUUCUUCCCAGUAUCAAAACUCUCUCUUCCUAUUUGAAUCAAGCCCUUUUCUUCUUACCACUAUCAAAUUUGUCUCUUCCUAUUUGAAUCAAGCCCUUUACUCCUUCCAGUAUCAAAUUUGUCUCUUCCUAUUUGAAUCAAGUCCUUUUCUUCUUACCAGUAGCAAAUUUGUCUCUUCCUAUUUGAAUCAAGCCCUUUUCUUCUUACCAGUAUCAAAUUUCUCCUCUUCCUAUUUGAAUCAAGCCCUUCCUUUUUCUUCUUACCAGUAUCAAAUUUGUCUCUUCCUAUUUGAAUCAAGCCCUUUUCUUCUUACCAGUAUCAAAUUUGUCUCUUCCUAUUUGAAUCAAGCCCUUUUCUUCUUACCACCCUUUUCAUUCUUACCAGUAUCAAAUUUGUCUCUGAAAUUUUUCUUCUUCCUAUUUGAAUCCUUGCUUCAUUUUAUUCUCACCAGUAUCAAACCUGUCUCUUCCUACUUGGAUCAAGUCCUUUUCUUCUUACCAGUAUCAAACCUCUCUCUUCCUAUUUGGAUCAAGCCCUUUUCUUCUUACCAGUAUCAGACCUGUCUCUUCCUAUUUGGAUCAAGUCCUUUUCUUGUUACUAGUAUCAAAUUUGUCUCUUCCUAUUUGAAUCAAGCCAUUUUCUUCUUACCAGUAUUAAACCUGUCUCUUCCUAUUUGGAUCAAGUCCUUUUCUUGUUACCAGUAUCAAACCUCUCUCUUCCUAUUUGAAUCAAGCCAUUUUCUUCUUACCAGUAUCAAACUUGUCUAUUCGUAUUUGGAUCAAGUCCUUUUCUUCUUACCAGUAUCAAACCUGUCUCUUCCUAUUUGGAUCAAGUCCAUUUCUUCUUACCAGAAUCAAACCUCUCUCUUCCUAUUUGAAUCAAGCCCUUACCAGUAUCAAAUUUGUCUCUUCCUAUUUGAAUCAAGCCAUUUUCUUCUCACCAGUAUCAAACCUGUCUCUUCCUACUUAGAUCAAGUCCUUUUCUUCUUACCAGUAUCAAACCUCUCUCUUCCUAUUUGGAUCAAGCCCUUUUCUUCUUACCAGUAUCAGACCUGCCCUUUUCUUCUUACUAGUAUCAAAUUUGUCUCUUCCUAUUUGAAUCAAGCCAUUUUCUUCUUACCAGUAUCAAACCUGUCUCUUCCUUUUUGGAUCAAGUCCUUUUAUUGUUACCAGUAUCAAACCUCUCUCUUCCUAUUUGAAUCAAGCCAUUUUCUUCUUACCAGUAUCAAGCCUGUCUCUUCGUAUUUGGAUCAAGUCCUUUUCUUUUUACCAGUAUCAAAUCUGUUUCUUCCUAUUUGUAUCAAGUCCUUUUCUUCUUACCAGAAUCAAACCUCUUUCUUCCUAUCUGAAUCAAGCCCUUACCAGUAUCAAACCUCUCUCUUCCUAUUUGAAUCAUGCCCUUUACUUCUUACCUGUAUCAAAUUUGUCUCUUCCUAUUUGAAUCAAGCCCUUUUCUUCUUACCACCAUUUUCUUCUUACCAGUAUCAAAUUUGUCUCUUCCUAUUUGAAUCAAGCCCUUUUCUUCUUACCAGUAUCAAAUUUGUCUCUUCCUAUUUGAAUCAAGCCAUUUUCUUCUUACCAGUAUCAAACCUGUCUCUUCCUAUUUGGAUCAAUUCCUUUUCUUGUUACCAGUAUCAAACCUCUCUCUUCCUAUUUGAAUCAAGCCAUUUUCUUCUUACCAGUAUCAAACCUGUCUCUUCCUAUUUGGAUCAAGUCCUUUUCUUUGUUACCAGUAUCAAACCUCUCUCUUCCUAUUUGAAUCUGCUUCAUUUUCUUCUUACUAGUAUCAAACCUGUCUCUACGUAUUUGGAUCAAGUCCUUUUCUUCAAGCCAUUUACCAGUAUCAAACCUUAUCAAACCUCUCUCUUCCUAUUUGAAUCAAGCCAUUUUCUUCUUACCAGUAUCAAACCUCUCUCUUCCUAUUUGAAUCAAGCCAUUUUCUUCUUACCAUAUCAAACCUGUCUCUUCCUAUUUGAAUCAAGUUCUUUUCUUCCUACCAGAAUCAAACCUCUCUCUUCCUAUUUGAAUCAAUUUCUUUCCCUUACCAGUAUCAAAUUUGUCUCUUCCUAUUUGAAUCAAGUCUUUUCUUCUCACCAUUCUUUUCUUCUCACCAGUAUCAAACCUCUCUCUUCCUAUUUGAAUGAAGCCCUUUUCUUCUUACCAGUAUCAAAUUUGUCUCUUCCUAUUUGUAUCAAGUCCUUUUCUUCUUACCAGUAUCAAAUGUGUCUCUUCCUAUUUGAAUCAAGCCAUUUUCUUCUUACCAGUAUCAAACCUCUCUCUUCCUAUUUGAAUCAAGUUCUUUUCUUCCUACCAGAAUCAAACCUCUCUCUUCCUAUUUGA